GCUGGGCCGAAGCGCCAGGGGCCACGAUGGAGCGCGACGGCUGCGCGGGGGGCGGGAGCCGCGGCGGCGAGGGCGGGCGCGCUCCCCGGGAGGGCCCGGCGGGGAACGGCCGCGAUCGGGGCCGCAGCCACGCUGCCGAGGCGCCCGGGGACCCGCAGGCGGCCGCGUCCUUGCUGGCCCCUAUGGACGUGGGGGAGGAGCCGCUGGAGAAGGCGGUGCGCGCCCGCACUGCCAAGGACCCCAACACCUAUAAAGUACUCUCGCUGGUAUUGUCAGUAUGUGUGUUAACAACAAUACUUGGUUGUAUAUUUGGGUUGAAACCAAGCUGUGCCAAAGAAGUUAAAAGUUGCAAAGGUCGCUGUUUUGAGAGAACAUUUGGGAACUGUCGCUGUGAUGCUGCCUGUGUUGAGCUUGGAAACUGCUGUUUAGAUUACCAGGAGACGUGCAUAGAACCAGAACAUAUAUGGACUUGCAACAAAUUCAGGUGUGGUGAGAAAAGGUUGACCAGAAGCCUCUGUGCCUGUUCAGAUGACUGCAAGGACCAGGGCGACUGCUGCAUCAACUACAGUUCUGUGUGUCAAGGUGAGAAAAGUUGGGUAGAAGAACCAUGUGAGAGCAUUAAUGAGCCACAGUGCCCAGCAGGGUUUGAAACGCCUCCUACCCUCUUAUUUUCUUUGGAUGGAUUCAGGGCAGAAUAUUUACACACUUGGGGUGGACUUCUUCCUGUUAUUAGCAAACUAAAAAAAUGUGGAACAUAUACUAAAAACAUGAGACCGGUAUAUCCAACAAAAACUUUCCCCAAUCACUACAGCAUUGUCACCGGAUUGUAUCCAGAAUCUCAUGGCAUAAUCGACAAUAAAAUGUAUGAUCCCAAAAUGAAUGCUUCCUUUUCACUUAAAAGUAAAGAGAAAUUUAAUCCUGAGUGGUACAAAGGAGAACCAAUUUGGGUCACAGCUAAGUAUCAAGGCCUCAAGUCUGGCACAUUUUUCUGGCCAGGAUCAGAUGUGGAAAUUAAUGGAAUUUUCCCAGACAUCUAUAAAAUGUAUAAUGGUUCAGUACCAUUUGAAGAAAGGAUUUUAGCUGUUCUUCAGUGGCUACAGCUUCCUAAAGAUGAAAGACCACACUUUUACACUCUGUAUUUAGAAGAACCAGAUUCUUCAGGCCAUUCAUAUGGACCAGUCAGCAGUGAAGUCAUCAAAGCCUUGCAGAGGGUUGACGGUAUGGUUGGUAUGCUGAUGGAUGGUCUGAAAGAGCUGAACUUGCACAGAUGCCUGAACCUCAUCCUUAUUUCAGAUCAUGGCAUGGAACAAGGCAGUUGUAAGAAAUACAUAUAUCUGAAUAAAUAUUUGGGGGAUGUUAAAAAUAUUAAAGUUAUCUAUGGACCUGCAGCUCGAUUGAGACCCUCUGAUGUCCCAGAUAAAUACUAUUCAUUUAACUAUGAAGGCAUUGCCCGAAAUCUUUCUUGCCAGGAACCAAACCAGCACUUCAAACCUUACCUGAAACAUUUCUUACCUAAGCGUUUGCACUUUGCUAAGAGUGAUAGAAUUGAGCCCUUGACAUUCUAUUUGGACCCUCAGUGGCAACUUGCAUUGAAUCCCUCAGAAAGGAAAUAUUGUGGAAGUGGAUUUCAUGGCUCUGACAAUGUAUUUUCAAAUAUGCAAGCCCUCUUUGUUGGCUAUGGACCUGGAUUCAAGCAUGGCAUUGAGGCUGACACCUUUGAAAACAUUGAAGUCUAUAACUUAAUGUGUGAUUUACUGAAUUUGACACCAGCUCCUAAUAACGGAACUCAUGGAAGUCUUAACCACCUUCUAAAGAAUCCUGUUUAUAUGCCAAAGCAUCCCAAAGAAGUGCACCCCCUGGUACAGUGCCCCUUCACAAGAAACCCCAGAGAUAACCUUGGCUGCUCAUGUAACCCUUUGAUUUUGCCGAUUGAGGAUUUUCAAACACAGUUCAAUCUGACUGCGGCAGAAGAGAAGAUUAUUAAGCAUGAAACUUUACCCUAUGGAAGACCUAGAGUUCUCCAGAAGAAAAACACCAUCUGUCUUCUUUCCCAGCACCAGUUUAUGAGCGGAUACAGCCAAGACAUCUUAAUGCCCCUUUGGACAUCCUAUACCGUGGACAGAAAUGACAGUUUCUCUACGGAAGACUUCUCCAACUGUCUGUACCAGGACUUUAGAAUUCCUCUUAGUCCUGUCCAUAAAUGUUCAUUUUAUAAAAAUAACACCAAAGUGAGUUACGGGUUCCUCUCCCCACCACAACUAAAUAAAAAUUCAAGUGGAAUAUAUUCUGAAGCUUUGCUUACUACAAAUAUAGUGCCAAUGUACCAGAGUUUUCAAGUUAUAUGGCGCUACUUUCAUGACACCCUACUGCGAAAGUAUGCUGAAGAAAGAAAUGGUGUCAAUGUCGUCAGUGGUCCUGUGUUUGACUUUGAUUAUGAUGGACGUUAUGAUUCCUUAGAGAAUCUGAGGCAAAAAAGAAGAGUCAUCCGUAACCAAGAAAUUUUGAUUCCAACUCACUUCUUUAUUGUGCUAACAAGCUGUAAAGAUACAUCUCAGACGCCUUUGCACUGUGAAAACCUAGACACCUUAGCUUUCAUUUUGCCUCACAGGACUGAUAACAGCGAGAGCUGUGUGCAUGGGAAGCAUGACUCCUCAUGGGUUGAAGAAUUGUUAAUGUUACACAGAGCACGGAUCACAGAUGUUGAGCACAUCACUGGACUCAGCUUCUAUCAACAAAGAAAAGAGCCAGUUUCAGACAUUUUAAAGUUGAAAACACAUUUGCCAACCUUUAGCCAAGAAGACUGAUAUGUUUUUUAUCCCCAAACACCAUGAAUCUUUUUGAGAGAACCUUAUAUUUUAUAUAGUCCUCUAGCUACACUAUUGCAUUGUUCAGAAACUGUCGACCAGAGUUAGAACAGAGCCCUCGGUGAUGCGGACAUCUCAGGGAAACUUGCGUACUCAGCACAGCAGUGGAGAGUGUUCCUAUUGAAUCUUGCACAUAUUUGAAUGUGUAAGCAUUGUAUACAUUGAUCAAGUUCGGGGGAAUAAAGACAGACCACACCUAAAACUGCCUUUCUGCUUCUCUUAAAGGAGAAGUAGCUGUGAACAUUGUCUGGAUACCAGAUAUUUGAAUCUUUCUUACUAUUGGUAAUAAACCUUGAUGGCAUUGGGCAAACAGUAGACUUAUAGUAGGAUUGGGGUAGCCCAUGUUAUGUGACUAUCUUUAUGAGAAUUUUAAAGUGGUUCUGGAUAUCUUUUAACUUGGAGUUUCAUUUCUUUUCAUUGUAAUCAAAAAAAAAAUUAACAGAAGCCAAAAUACUUCUGAGACCUUGUUUCAAUCUUUGCUGUAUAUUCCCUCAGAAUCCAAAUUAUUAAUCUUAUGUGUUUUCUUUUUAAUUUUUUGAUUGGAUUUCUUUAGAUUUAAUGGUUCAAAUGAGUUCAACUUUGAGGGACGAUCUUUGAAUAUACUUACCUAUUAUAAAAUCUUACUUUGUAUUUGUAUUAAAAAAAAAAGAAAAAUAUUCCUAUCCUGCUCACUGGUAAUUAACAUAGGUUUAAAAUGGCUUCAAAUGUGGCCCUUUAGACUGUUAAAAUUGUACCUUAUCUUGGCAAAACUUCAGAGCACCAGUCAGUGCAUGCAAGGUGCCAUUUUUUAUUGAGAUGCUUAGAAUGUUUCUUUCUGUGCACAAGACUUACCCUACCAGCAGCAGAGCCAUUCUCUGUUGAGUGGUUCAUUUUGAAGUUCCACAGAUUGAAGAGAACAUGCCACCAAUCACCUCACAUCUUCUUGGUGGACAUGAUAAAUGACACAAUGAACUUGAUUUCUUUACUACCUUGACUGUAGCUUUUUGUCCCUACCUGUGAACCUUCAAAGACUGCAUUAACUUUUAGGCUACAUAGGUCCAAUUUAGGUAUAAUAUCAGUACACCAAAGAUUUUUAUAUGUCCUUCGUAUGACCAUUCUUUAACGGCCUAAGGGCCAGCUGCAAAGACUUUUGGAAAAUACAAUUUACAACUCAAAAUUAUUUAAUAAUUUAGGAAGUUUCUUUUUUUUUUUUUUUCAGUCCUGCAGUUUCCUGAAGCUCUGUAUAUGAUAUUUUUUUCAGCCUGCUUCUCUCUGUUGUUCAGAUUAGGUAAUUUUAUUCUUCUGUCUCAAAGCUCACUGAUUCUUUAUUCUGUCUAAUCUGUUCUGCUGUUGAGCCCAUUUAUUCCUGAUUUUUAUAUUUUAGUUAUUGUAUGUUUUAUUUCUAAAAUUUCCAUUCAGUUUUUCUUUAUAUCUUCUAUUUGCUGAGAAUUUCUGUCUCUUUGCUGAGACUUUCUACGUUUUCAUUUGUUUCAAGUGCGUUUAUACUUGCUUGUUGAAGAAUUUUUAUGAUGGCUGCUGUAAAAUCCUUAUCAGAUAAUUCCAACAUCUGUCACCUCAUUGUUUGCAUCUACUGAUGGUCUUUUUUCCAUUCGGAAACAUUUUCCUGUUUCUUGGUGUGUGGAAUGAUUUUUAAUUGAAACCUGGAUAUUUUUAGGUAUUAUGUUAUGAGACUAUGGUUCUUAUUUAAACCUUCUGCUUUAGCCAACUUUCUCAGAUACCACCACAGCAGGGGAAUUGGGAGCACUGCCUCAUUAUUACCAGGUGUGGCUAGGAGUCCAGGUUCCCCAGUCAGCCUCCCUUUAUACUGACUAACAGGGUCCCCUCAUUACUACUGGGCAAGGUGAGAAUUCAGUUUCCCAUUAGGUCUUUAUUGAUUCCUCCCUGGCUGGAAUGUGCAGCGGCACCUUUUGCUGCACCCUGGGAAUCUCCACUAAUGCUAUGGGACAGAGUGACCAGGAAGAGCUUCAUUACACCAGGUGGGAAUGAAAUUCCCAGUAGCCUACGCAGCCUUCUCCGACACCACUCUGGAGUUGUAUUCUUCCAGCACACAAACAUACACAAUUUAACUCAAAGCAUCUUAGCAGAGCUUAAUUAAAUGGAUAGAUGCCUGUUCCCUUUGCUGGAUGCCAAGAAUACAAAAGUCAGGGAGUUGGGGCACCUCUUUACAGCUUGGUGAGAGUGUAAGUCUGGACUCCCCACUCAGCAUUUGCUGGUAUGGGUGGGGCCAUGGUUUUUUUCCAUGGUGUUUGGUUGGAGUACAGCCUUUUUUACCCUUGCUUGGCUACCCUUUUCUGGUCCUUUGGCAGGAGAGAGCAGGACUCUCUUAGGGCUUUUUUUCCCCCUGCAUUUAUUGACAUUUCCAGGUUGCUGACUUUUUCAGCUCCAAGUUGGAAAUAUAUGAGCUGAAAAGAAAAUGUAGGGAACUCAUCACAGUGUUGUUACUUGGGCCCCAAUGUUCCUAGCCUAUUUUCUGUCUACUAUUCAGAGUCUUGCUGUGUUUUAAUAUAAUAUCCAGGAUUUUUAUAUGCAUUUAGCAGAAGGAUGUCUACUCUGCCUUUGUAGAAGUGUCUCACUGAUUUUUACAUAUUUUUCCAGCACACAAACAUACACAAUUUAACUCAAAGCAUCUUAGCAGAGCUUAAUUAAAUGGAUAGAUGUCUGUUCCCUUUGCUGGACGCCAAGAAUACAAAAAAGAACAAGUGACAAUUUUCUCUGUCUUAGGGAGAAGAGGCAGCAGAAGUGUAAAUGAUCCCUAAAGAGUGAUAGAUGUUAUCAUGAAGCCACAGGAGGGGUGCCAGGCUGCACAAAAGAGACACUGGAUGCUUCUUGGUAGUAGAGGCAGUGGCUUCCCAGCCUUGGGGCUAAGGCUUGUAGGGUGAAUUGGAACUUUUCAGAUGAGCAAGGCAAAGAAGGGACCUUCUAACAUUCCUUGGAUGGAACAUUUUUGACAUUUUCCCAUUUACAGCUACUUAUAUUUUCUACAAGUGUCACUGUGACCAACUUAUGUACACAUACUUUUUCUUGCUUAGUUAUAAUAAUCUGUUCUUAAAGAAAAUGUCAGUCUCUACAUUCUAUGCUGACUGUUAAGGAAAGAGCACCCACAUCUGCUCCUACUUAGCUUUUUUUCUGUGGUUCUUACACAGUAUUCCUUUUUUUCUUUUCUUGAAAGAGACUCCUCCUUUCUUUUCUUUUCUUGAAAGAGUUUUAAACAGAUAAGAUGGCAAAAGUGACUGAUCUCUACUCCCCCAGUUUGAAUGGUAAAUUUGAAUGGUAAAUUCCCAUGAACAUAUAUGGAAAUGUCUUUAUCCUACUUUCUCCAAUAAAGGCUGUUCUUAGCUUUUCAAAUGCAAAGUGAAACCUUUAUUUAUCUUGAUUUCUUUCUUUUUUUUUUUUUUUUUGAGAUGCUCUGUCGCCCAGGCUGGAGUGCAGUGGCGAGAUCUCGGCUCACUGCAAGCUCCGCCUCCCAGGUUCAUGCCAUUCUCCUGGCUCAGCCUCCCGAGUAACUGGGACUACAGGCACCUGCCGUCACGCCUGGCUAAUUUUUUGUAUUUUUAGUAGAGAAUGGAGUUUCACCGUGUUAGCCAGGAUGGUCUCGAUCUCCUGACCUUGUGAUCUGCCCGCCUCGGCCUCCCAAAGUGCUGGGAUUACAGGCUUGAGCCACUGCCUCCAGCCUAUCCUGAUUUCUACUGUCAUGCCUCACAUCAGUCCUUUUUUUUUUUUUUUUUUUUUUGAGACAGAGUCUCGCUCUGUGGCCCAGGCUAGACUGCAGUGGCACGAUCUCAGCUCACUGCAACCUCCACCUCCCGGGUUCUAGCAAUUCUCCUGCCUCAGCCUCCUGAGUAGCUGGGAUUAUAGGCGCAUGCCACACCUGGCUUUUUGUAUUUUAGUGGAGAUGGGGUUUCACUGUGUUGCUCAGGCUGGUCUUGAUCUCCUGAGCUCAGACAAUCCCCCCGCCUUGGCCUCCCAAAAUGCUAGGAUUAUAGGCGAGAGCUGCUGUGUGCUUCUUAAGUGAGGUAAGUAACUUCCAUAGAAAAUUUCCAUCAGUUCAUUCAUGAAAGAACAAAGAACCUGGCAAAACUUAAAAACAUUUCCAAGAAUCAGAUAAAAGAGGACAAACCUUAGGGAGAAGAAGGCAGCUGCUCAUUUCCAGCAGGGGAAGUAGCUGCAUAGAGUACAAGGACUGGUAGGCCUGUUGGCUGUUCCUGUUUAAGGAGACAAGAUGGGCAUGGAACAGGGACCACCCCCUCCUCUGGGAGAAGCUGUUACCCCCUUCACUUUUCCUCCUCUGUCAUUACCCACAAUCACUCUCCUUCUUUGCGCUAUGGUAGGUGUUUACCCAUCAUAGGAAUGGGCAUUUGAACUUUGAAACUGAAUGUGGUGAUUACACUUCAUGCUGAAGCUUUUCACAUGAGUGCUUUCAUAAGCAUUAAGUAAAAUUUUAUAAUGACUGCAGUCCAAGGACAUUUUCCCUGGUUUUUGGCCAGUCUAAAUAUUGUAAGAGAGAGAGAAGAAAAGUGUACGGAAUAUAAUUGUCUCUAAGCUAAGAAAUGUGGAUGUUCAAAUAAAACAUACGUACAGAA